CGACCUGGCAGACUGAAUCAGUGUGGAAAGCUGAGGUGAAGAAAGCGCUCCGUCCGGACGUCCGGCGUGCACUAUAGUGCUACGCUGCAAGCUGCUGUCCGUGGUCCUGAACUUCAAAUGAACACUACCAUUUCUCAGAUUGGCCUCCAUCGUGUUGGUUUUGUAGUCUAUAUAUAUAUAUAUAUAUAUAUAUAUAUAUAUAUAUCUCUUCAUACAUGGCUUUUUGUUCAGUUCUGUGGAUAAAAUGUGUUGAGUUGCCCAAAGACUGACCGCAUCAGCUGUGGGGGCAACACAUUUACUGUUGUCUUGUUAUACUCUGCUCUCAAGCAUGAAUGUCUGCCACAUACUGGACGUCAGCAUCUGUGUCCUUCCCAUGAAACUACAUGUUGGGGUCGUUCGUUACCCCUAACAAACUGCAUCCCAGUUCUCUUGGAAGAGGUCUGAGACUAAGACUGGACGUCAUCCAAGGGUUUUUAUACUAGUGCUAAUUCAAUAACUCAAAUUUUGGUACUGACACGAAAACAACCUUCUUUUUUUUCAAACUUCACUUUGCUGUAUAAUUUGAUCUACUGUAAAAUUGAUAAUCUGGUCACACAAGGACAUCAGCUGUAGUCAACAUCCAGCUCUGUUGCUUUGUUCAUACCUGUUGAGAACCUGCUCAAAUGUAAUCUUGUUGAUGUAGAACGUAACGUCUCACCACCCAUGUGACUUUUUCUCCACAGUCCGAGGUCUAAGCUGUCAGCCCGUGUCAGAAGAUUAGAAUUCAGCCGCUGGUUUUCCGUCUUCUUUCACUGCAGAAAACAGCUUUGUUUGCACUGUGGGAUGAGGUAGUAGGUUGUAUAGUUUUAGGGUCACACCCACACUGGGAGAUAACUAUUCAACCUACUGUCUUUCUCAAAGUGCGAAACACACGUCUCAGUCGACCCCCCCCAUGUCUUCUCAAGGCCAAUUUUCUGACAUCAGCGUUUGCAUGGGUCAAGAUGUUUCCCAAAAAAGCUGUUUAUCCCAGUUGCUCACACGGUGUGAGGUAGUAGAUUGUAUAGUUGUAGGGUUGUGAUUUUGCCCUGUUUGGGAGAUAACUAUACAGUCUAUUGCCUUCCCUGAGGAGUGGCAUUUCCUCUGUUUUUAUUUAUGUUAAAUGGUAUUAAUCUUUCAUCUUUAAAGAGAGCUUCAGGGACCACUAGAGGUCCCAAGAGACCGACACUGCAUGUUUUCUCUGUAAACCAUCCUCACCAACAAUUGAAAAUUGCAUUAUUUCUUCUGUAUUUAUUAUUUAGGUUUGUUUACUUGAAUGCUAUGUUAACUUGUCAGCUUUCUUGCUCAGAGAGUUGGUUCUGAGCAGCAGUGAUGGCUGAACUUGUACAAUCCAUUUUUUAAUAGUUUCCUAUAAGUUGUGAUAUAUAUUUUGGUGGUCAAAUGGCAUCUGCUAUGAUAUCAAUUCAUUGGUCAUUUUAAUAAUAAAAUCAAUAUACACAUGGCUGGAAUGAGUACUGGCAUACUUGAAAUUUUACUCAAGUAAAAGUACUUGUGUAAAAAUGCACUGAGUAAAAAGUAGGUCAGUUAAAAUGUACUCUGAGUGAAUGUUAGUGUGUUACAUUUAUGAAGGGGGGUCCAUGUGAUGAUAGGAUAUUGCUGUUAAAUUAAGGAACACCUUUAGGCUACAAAAUAAAUUGCAUUAACUGUCAACGAAUACACCAGUGGAACAUGACGCCGCCGAGCCCUGAUGUCUAAGCCAACAAUAAAUUCCGUUUGUAUAAAGGCACUUUGCAGCCUGAGCAUACAACUGAAUAUCAAUUAGAAAUAUACAUGGGCUAAAUGAGCCAAAGGCAAUACACUGGCCGGUUUAGGGCAAGCUGGCAGGAAGCUAAAGCCCAGACCCAGAAAAGAUGAGAUGGUGGAGGUUUAAGUAAGUCCCCUAAUAAACUGGCAAUACAUACAAGUGUGUGUUUGUGUGUGCUAUAUAUGUAUUUUAAUGUAGCAGGUCAUGGAGGUGGUCCAUUUGAUUUAUACUGGUGGGCAGUAUACUGUAGCAAUGCAAUGUAUUUUAAAUGCUUAUUGAUUUCUGAAAUAUUAUUCUGGAGAGUACCUAGUAACAAUAGCUGUCAAAUCAAAAGGUAACACUUUAUUUUUAUAGGUCCAUCAUUUUCUAGGACUGCAACGGAAAAUGGAGACAAAGUUCAAUUUGUACACUUUCAAUUAAUUCCAAUAAAUUGCUAAUGUAACCUAGCGAGUCCUUUAGUCAGUGCAUAGCGGGUCAGGUGAACAUGCAUAAAGGUGCAAUUCGACAACAGGCAAGGAUACAAUUAGACAUAUCCACCAAAUAAUGUUUCCAGUAAUUGAUGAAUGUUAACUACUUUCCCCGUGAUCAGGCUACGACCAAAUUAUGUAACUCCAGGAUCGCAUCAUGAAGUAUUACAAAUAAACGUAGUGGAGAAGGAGCAUAGACGAGCAUAAAAUGGAAAUACAAUGUAUAAGUACCUUAAAAUUGUGCUUAUAGGCCCUGCUCACCCACACAGGGGUUUUCAUGUAGUCUGGCUGGUUAGACCUGUGUGAUGCUCUGCCAUACUAAUAAGUAGAAUUUGCCUCACCCUGUUCGGUGCAGCAGAACUGACUGGAAAUUGAUAGAGAUGUCAAUCAAGCUCAGCGUGUACAGUCUCUUGGUCCUCCGUAGAGGUCUAAUCAGGCCACAUCAGUGGAAGCACCUGUGUGGGUGGACUGUUGAUAUGAUAUAUGAUAGGGGCUUUAAGCACAGUGCUUCUGCAGGUGGUCACUUUCCAACACUGCAAAUGUCACACUUUUGGUCUAAGUUGACACGUCACUGUACAGUAACGCCAUGUUCUUUUCCAGCCAAGACCAGCACGGCAUUUAAAACAAAAUGUGCUCCUGGUUUUGUAAGCGUGCAUUGAUUGAUUUGAUUUUUCACUUGUAUUGACUAUUAUAAAGGGAAACAAUGUAAAGUAUUUGUUAAUAAAUGUCCUGAAAGUAAGUAAAUAACUUAAUUUAUGUGACUUGGUGUAAAUCUUACCUUUACCCAGCCAGUUUUGCAAGGCUGGAUUCCCGGGCAACUGGGCCAAGAAGGCAACUGCCCUGCUGCCCCCGAAGCCCCCAAAGCACUGCUUGUCAGCUGCUUUUUGGUGAUUUGAUUAGACCAGACCAGGGUGCAGUAUCAGCUGUCUUGCAUUGUUAUGUAUUCUUGUGGCAAAUUGUCAAAUUGAGUUCUAACACCUUUAUUAUUUUAGUUUCUAUGGUGCUCGCUCAGUGCAUUCUCCUGACAAACCGAAAACCUGGGCCAGGCCUAGCGUUCCAGCACAGAGUACUGGCUGGUUUCUGGGUCUAUGUGCUGCGUGAACUGUACAUGAUGGGAACUUUGAGGCAACAGGGGCCCAACUGCAUUUUUUUUUUUUUACCCACGACCCCCCAAACAGGUUAACUGAGCCUUGCACUUUUGAACAUGAUGAGUAGUUACACAGUUGGGUCAGCAGAUGGUGUUACAGUCCUUUAACUCAAACCGUCUUCCCUGUGCUGAAGACCACCAUGAAGUCUGAAUCUUUGCAGAAAGAGUGGUCCUAAAUGAUGAGAAAAUCUGAUGUGAUCCUGACUAAUAGUUUCUGUGCUGUUAUUGUUGGCCACACUUACUGUGCUUCAGAUGCCCUUUAUUAAACAAAUAAAGCAUUUUAUUGCUUAAAUUCCGUUUCUAGACUUCUUUUUACCCUUUUCCCUGCUUUGUUCUUCAUUUAUGAAGAUGGUAUUUUCCAUUAUAAAUCACAUUGCACAGUUGAUGUGUGGCGCAUCAUGUGAUGUGUGUUGGAAGCAUGCAUGGAACAUAAUUAAGAUGUGGAUCUGUUAGUGGUGGAAGCAGCUACUCAAAUCGUUUACUUAAGUCAAAGUAGCACUUCGAUAUUAUAUAUAUAUUUCCCUCUGGAGUGCAGUAGAAGUAUAAAGUAGCAUAAAGAUGUAAAGAUGCAGCAGGCUACAAGUGUCUGGAAAUGGAUGCAGCCACUUUCCACCCCUGGUGUCAGUUCAAUUGUUUAGAGUUGAAGCGCAAAUCGCAUCACAGAUUUUUUUUUUUUUUUUUGGGGGGGGGGGGUCAAAACGUGCCAAGAUAACACUGAAUCGGUGGGAGGGGCGUUUAUUGUUCUAAAUAAAAAGUGCCGGCAGUCCGUCAGACCUGAAGCGAGCACGGGUGCUGUCCAGUGACAUGUCAGCAGUGUGAGCCGUCCCCAGCUCUGCAGCUCUGCAGUCACAUGGAAGGGCAGAGCAGCUGAGCGUGUACCUGCAGGCUGGAGUGUGUGCGCGGCUCACAGGCAGAUCCUCUGCAGAACACGCCCUGAUAGAAAAGGUAGAUACACACAGACACACACAGACACACACACACACACACUCAGCCUGAUCACUGAGGAGCCGAGCUACCUGAAAACAACAGCCCCAAUGCUACAGCACAGGCUCACACCACCGGACACCUACCAAAUGAAAUCAGGACGACUUUAUUCCCACAAACUUUGGCUUGUCCCGAGGAGCUUUAUUUACGUCUGCAGCCCGGAACACCUGGACACCCUGCUGGACUCGAUAGAGAAAUAAGGCUGGUUGUUGCAACAGCAGAUCAUUAAUCCAUCGGCCGUGCUGAGCACCAUGAGUAGGAAGACACGGCGCUGGAUUUUCCAUUUUUUCCUCUACCUUGGAGUAGUGUAUUUGAAAAUCGGGGGUCUGUCGUCGGUGGUUGCACUGGGAGCGAGCAUCAUCUGCAAUAAAAUCCCCGGCCUGGCCCCCCGUCAGAGGACUAUCUGUCAGAGCCGACCCGACGCGAUCAUAGUGAUCGGAGAGGGAGUUCAGAUGGGGAUCAAUGAGUGUCAGUUUCAGUUCCGACACGGACGCUGGAACUGCUCGGCCCUGGGAGAGAGGACCGUGUUCGGGAAAGAGCUCAGAGUGGGCAGUAAGGAGGCUGCGUUCACCUACGCUAUCAUCGCUGCCGGGGUCGCCCAUGCAGUCACUGCAGCCUGCACCCAGGGGAGCCUGAGCGGCUGCGGCUGCGACAAGGAGAAGCAGGGUUUCUACAACCAGGAGGAGGGCUGGAAGUGGGGCGGCUGCUCUGCAGAUGUCCACUACGGUCUGGGGUUCUCUAAGGUGUUUGUGGACGCGCGGGAGAUCAAGCAGAAUGCUAGGACUCUCAUGAAUUUACAUAACAAUGAAGUGGGACGCAAGGUCCUGGAAAAGGGCAUGCGUCUGGAGUGCAAGUGUCACGGUGUGUCGGGAUCCUGCACCACCAAGACAUGCUGGACGACGCUCCCCAAGUUCCGUCAGUUGGGAUACAUCCUCAAGGACAAGUACAACCAGGCUGUGCACGUGGAGCCGGUACGAGCCAGCCGCAACAAGCGCCCCACCUUCCUAAAGAUCAAGAAACCCCACUCUUACCGCAAGCCCAUGGACACAGAGCUGGUCUACAUUGAGAGGUCGCCCAACUACUGUGAGGCUGACCCUCUUACCGGCAGCAUGGGAACACAGGGUCGCCUCUGCAACAAAACGGCUCAGCAGCCCAACAGCUGCGACCUGAUGUGUUGCGGUCGAGGCUAUAACACACACCAGUACUCUCGCGUUUGGCAGUGCAACUGCAAGUUCCUGUGGUGCUGCUACGUCAAAUGCAACACCUGCAGUGAGAGGACAGAGGUGUAUACCUGUAAAUAGAAAUAUUUAUUGGGCGUGUAUUUAGACACACAGCUAGACUGGACUGUGUGAAUGUGUGUGUUCUGUUAAUGUAUUUCAGAAUGAGGGUUCUCUGUGGCUGAUGCACACGUGCGGAGUGACUGCCUCGCGGUCUUGGCAUAACAACAAUCACAACAACCGGUUCCUCCAACGUGUGUUGAUUAUACUGAUGCCAAUGGACAUCUGCCAUGACACUGGACCUAUGGGCUCAUAAAUUGUACUUUUAUUUUUUGAUUUGAAUGCCAUUUCACGCCCCAGGCUUGACUUCUCUGCAGGCCCCAAUGCAGGCUCUAGGCUGCAUUGGCAUGACUCAUCACAAACAGUGAUAGUUUUUUUUUUUCUAGACUAAUAAUUUAUUCAGUGAGAAAACUACUGAUGAUUUUGAAAAUUCACUGUUACCUAAAUCUGGUAAAGUUUCAAGUUGGUGUAGAUGCCUGGCAUUUUAAUAAAAAAAUAUUCAAGUGCAAUUAAAAGCAAAAAUAAUUUUCUUUUUCUUCUUUUAACAAGACAACUUACACACUGGCGCUGAAAACAGAACUGAACUCGACUGAAUGACAUAUUUGGGACCCUGCAGCUUAUGUGCAUUAAGCCUAGCAGAAGAACAUUAAACUACUGAUCUGGGCUCGGUAUGAUAAUAUUGUUUUCUACUUGUUUCUGUCCCCCUUCCCCGACAGUUUGCUGCUAGUUGUCUGGAAAGUUAUGGAGUUUGUGACUGAGCGGCCAUAUUGACUCUUCAAGCUAAGUUGACACCACCACGAGCAAACACGAGCUUCCAGACAUAAAUUCCCCUUAAUGUUGGUUGAUAGAAUAUAUUUUGUAAGAGAUUAUUUUUAUAUAAUUUUUUUUUAUUUAUUUUCUGUCUCUAUGUAAGCUAUUUUCCCUUAGCAUUUCUAACUGUUCAGUUACUGAGUUUAAAAUGUGCCUUGUUCCUCCGCAGCAGAAUAUAAUAAUGGUAUACUGAAAUGUGCGGCAUUGUGUUUUGUAACCCAUUUUAGGAAACAUUUUCUCACCUCGCCCUGCUUCCUAUAGAGAGCCAAAGUCCUGGCGUCACCUCCAGACUAGCUGCUGUUCCACAAACGUUAGCUUCUGUGACUCAGUGCUAUCUCUUGUACAGAGUUUCUUUCGUGGUUUACUAUAUAUAUUCUAAGAUAAACUAAUAUCUACUACAGCAUUUGCCAUGAAAAUAUCAAUUAAUUUGUUAGCAUACUAAAACUACAGCUACUAUGAAUUUUUAAUUCGUAUUAGCAGUAAUACGUCAUCGUAACUGUUGGUUUCUCCCUUAUCUAUGAUGUCUACCCCACAGUCUUUUUGCCAUCUUUCCAUCUUUUUAGCUGUAAUCUCAUUCUGCCUUCCUGUCUGCCGUUGUUUUAACCAUGACUAGCCAUGGCAGCCUGUCCUAUUCUGUUGAGCUGGUAAUGUUUAACCCACAAAGGUCUUCAAUGGUGUUCAUUGAACAGAAAUAAUGAAUAAACAUAAAUAAAUAUUAGAUUUAAAAAAAAAAA